AUGUCGCCAAUCUGCAGCAGUGGCGACUGCAGUGGCGGCACCGACACCGGCGGCGAUUGCGGCAGAUGGGCCGCCGCGUGCCAGAACCCCGUGAGAAUCGCACGGGUCAAGCCGACGACGGUCCGGUUAACGUCCACGGACGACGGCGGCCGCGACACGGCGGCCGUCGCGAAAUCGUCGUGCGUGCUCAUCGACGAGUACGCCAGCCACAGCACGGUGCACGGUAUGCGGUACAUAUCCAAAGCCAGUCUGCUGGAGAAGUGAGCGCAAAACAUUACACGCCAAUUAUUGUAUCGCUAUAUUUCAAUAGUGUGUUUUUAUUCAAACGGACGUAUAUCACUAGAAAUCGAAAAAACACGUUUUCGGUAUCGAAAAAAUCAGAAAAAUUUGGAGCGUAAACUGGUAAAAAAGCGUAUUUAAUUACAGACAAUUAACUUGGUACAGUCGACUAAAAGAUAUCCAGGCGCCAUGGGUUCCCCCUGAACUUCUAAAUUUCAAAUAUAAUUUUAAGAUUCUGAGUGUAGCGAAGUCAUUUUUAGGUUUUUAUACAAAUUUUAAUGUUUUUGUUGAAAUUCAGUUAAAAAUAUUCGAAUCGGUUUUAUGAACUUGAAAUUCAAAACGGGGACGGGUGCAGUUACUGUUAUAGAUAAUUAAUGUAUUAUAUACCUGUAAGCAACGAUAAGCCAUUGCUUACGAAAAAACGAUUCUGAGCGUAGUUCAGUUGAUAGUGAUGCUUUGUCAUCAAUAUACAUGUUAUUUUAUAGUAAAUUAAUUAAAUAGGCUUUAUAUAAUUUCUUUAAUAAUAUUUGUUUAUGUACCGAUUUUUCCAGUUUUCCUACGUUUUUCCCGGUUUUUCACAUUUGCAAGGAAAACUUUUAAGAAAAUCAAAAAAUAACUAUCUUUAAAGUACCUCCCAACACCGAUUUCUUUUCAGAAAAGGUGCUAGACUAAAAGUCUGAGCAAGUCUUCUGGUAGAAAAGUUGUAAAUAGAUAAAAAAAAAAAUUAAACAUCUUUGUAAAGCCAUAAGCUUCUUCGCUCCACUCAGAAUCUAUUUAUAAUAGAAUAUAUAGAAUAUAUAGAAUCUAAUUUAUAUGCAUUUUAAUCUUGCGAGUUUUAUACGUAAUUUUUAAUUGGUAGGUACUGUUUGGUAAAACUGUUAGACAUAACAGAAAUGGGUGAAAAUUUAACAGGAGGUUAAUUAAAUGUUUUACUAUGUUGUCAAAAAAAAAAAAAAAAUAAUAAGUUUAAUGUAGUAUUUUUUUAUAAACAAUUUUAAUAUCAAAUUUUGAUGAAAAUCGUAUGAAUAAAAAAUUAAGUGGAACAAAUCUAAUUAUGAAAUUUUUUGUUUUUAACUUAUUAAUGUAUAUUGUCGAUUUUAGAACGAUGGUAAAGUCAGAAUAGAGGGGACUGACAUGGUUCUGAAAUUAUAGCUUGUUGAAGUUCUGAUAUUAUGCGGAUAUUGUGUUAUGUUAAAUAACUCUAUAUUGUCUUUUAUAAAAUAUGUUUGUCUUAGUGUAAUAGUUAUAGAUACUUAUUACCAUUCAAGGGAUCGCGAGUUCAAACCAAGGUUUCGAAAAAAAUUGUUUACAUUUAUUUUUUUCCUUUUACCUAAACAGGGAAAAAACUAAUGCAUUUUAGGUGUACCUAUAGAGACUCAGUUAUCCCUCGCUUGGACUACUUUAAUCGAAAAAUACCCUUCACAACAAAUUUGUGCAAACUUUUCUACCAGAAAUCCUACUCCGAUUUCUAAGUGAAACAUUUUUUCCGAAAAAAAUCGUACUGGGGAGGUACUUUAGGGAAGUCGUUUUUUAUUUUCCCAGGAGAUUUCUACAUAAAUGGGAAAACCGGGAAAAGCACAGAAAAACGAUAAAAUCGGUACAAUAUUAAAAAAAUAUUAUUAAAGAAAAUAUAUAAUGCCUAUUUAAAUAUUUCACCAUAAUAUGACAUAUAUUUGUUGACAAAUCACUAUCAACUGAAUUCCAAUCAGAAUAGUUUUUGCAAUGGUUUAUCGUUGCUUACAGAUGCAAAUUAAUUUCCCCUCUAUAUCCUACAUUUCCAACUUCUCACCAGAAACAAUACCUGCACCCAUUGUGCGAAGUAUGUCCAGUUUUUUUUUAUGUUUGAUUUUAUUAUGCCCCUCCCUUUGUCGUAUGUCGACUUAUUGAUCAAAAGAGUCUAGGCAGGUUUAUUUAGGGUUCUACGUAAAAAAAAAAAAACAAAAAAAGGUCAUUUGAAACUUUACCUACUAAGACACUGCCCUUUCUGAUAAAUUUCCCGCGGUCGUCCUUAUAAAAUAUAUUUAAAUCAACACUAAUUUGUUAAAAGAGCGUAUACUUCAUUCAAGGUAUGUAUACUUUGUGCACAAGGUAUUAUGUAUACGAGUAAUUUUAUUGAUUUCCGAUGUUUUAUUUUUUGCUUCCUGAAAAAAAGUCAAAUUUGAUCAACGCCUUUUAAACAAAACACCGUCUAUUUUAUCACAAAACACGAUCCCGAUGAUGGAAAAAUUAAUUCGAAAAUAAAAAAAAAACCCGUGUAUUAUUAUAUACACGGUUAGAAUGUUUUGGUUUGUAUAGGCGGUAAAAGCCUGUUAUCUAUCCCGGGCCAAAGGUUUUCACUAGAUGGUACGAAAAAUAUUAUAGGAUUUUGAUUAGGUUAUUUAAGUUUAUAGAUGUAAUGAGUCACUGAAUUGACCAAAGAAGUUUAUUGCAGUUAUAUUUAGACUGGUACGUGAAUGACGUUAUUUAGGUACGGCCGAGUUAACACGUGUACGCAACGGUAUAAAGCAGGGAUUUGGCCUGCUUACAAAUGACAAUUUCCAAAAAAGUUGUUGAGGAUUGAUGAAGGAGUAGGUACAGUGUUUCUUGUACUUGGAAUGCAUUGUCUUGUAGAGCAUACUACUUCCAAAAAACUGGUUAAAUAUUAGCAUAUAAAUGCAAAGGCGAGGGUUGAAAUUGUUGAAAGUUUAAACCAAAGCACAUCCUAUUGACAAUAACGCAAUGUGCAUACGAAAUCAUAUCCCCUUAAAUUCAUUUGGGACGUCUAUAAGGAUGUUAAAUACUCGCUCCAGCAACAACAUGGUGAAAUUCAUGUUGAAAUCAAAUCCAACUUGUAUCACUUCAAUUAUCCAUUAAAACAAUCAUAAUUCUCGAGUUUAAGCUUAUUUUAUCCAGACGGAAUCAAUAAGGGAAGUGUCCAAAAAUGCAAACAAAUGUUUUAUAUAAUAAAUAGGUACAAAAAUCAACAAUAGUCCCCGUUUUCGGGGAAAAUAAAAAAAUUAUAUUAUAAUUAUUGUUAAAUACAUGGAAAAUAGAAAAAAGCAAAAUUACCCAUAGAUACGCAAAUAUUCAUAUAGACAACUAACAUAGAGAAAGCGUGAUGUUAGGUUAUACUAGCUAACCUAAUUCUGAUGUAAAUUUCGAGAUUAGAGGACUAGAAAUAUCCGGAGAAAUAUCUUAAAUUUCAAUAUUUUAUUAUAUAGGUACAAAAAAUAAUUUCGUUUAAGUACAUAUUCAUUGUAUAAUGACUGUGAUGUGUGUGCAAUAUGGUUGCAUUUUCGCACUCAUUUAAAAUGAGUUUAAAAUAUCGUAAUACUUAUUAAUCUGGUUUUGAUAAUCUCUAUCUUAUUAUAAUAUUUAAAUUCAACCAAAUAAAUAUCCUAACUGUUUAAAUAUAAUAUAGGUACACGAGUUUUACCGCAGAAUGUUAUUUGUGUGACCUAUUUAUAUGGCUGCCAUAUUUAUGCUGUUGGAUAUUUUUCAAAUAUUUACACAGUGUUUGGAUGUGAAUGAAACCUGGUGUAAACCGUUUUCCGUUAAAGUUGACCCCGUGAUAUUUAAAUUACCAUCCACCGGUAAAAUUUAACAAGAGAAAUUUGGUCUGAGAGGGUAAAAUUAUUCUCUAGUGAAUAAUUGCAAACAUUCCCUCAAUCAAAUAUCACGGGAGUUAAUUAUAAUCACUAGCACACCGAGAUAAAAACAAAAUAUUUUCAAUACGAAAUAUUUCAACGCGUAAAUAUAAUAUAUAAAUAGUUGUAAUAUCGUUGAACGUAACUUCAGUACCUAUGAAGUUUGUGUGAAAACCCUAUUUGCCUAUUCACAGUACCCAACAUCAACCCCUAUUUACACCAAAAGACCAUAAGUACAUAUUGUAUUAUAUUCGUAUACACAGAGUAUUUUCUUUUUUUAAUAAUAAUUUACAAAGAUUUCGAGUAUCCACUAUAUAUAUUUUUCUUCAAUAGAAUCGUUUAAUGACCACCUCAUACAAAAUAUAAAACUGAUACCUUUAUUCCGUACACCAUAAACACGUACCAAAUUUAGAUUUACAUUACCCCCUCCUCUAUUUAACACAUAUUCGAAAAGGAAAUAAUUUUCUAAACAUAUUGUUAUGCAUAACGCAUAAUAUAUAUUAUAUAACUAUUGUUUAUGAUGAGUUAUAACAAUUUAUAACUUAAACCGGAGAAACAGGAAUGGGCGAUAAAUCGCAUAACCUUUUUAGAUAAUAGCUUAUCCUUACUUAUUCCCCCAGUGAAAAUUUUAAAUUUAUAUAAUUCGUAACUAAAAUUUUGUCUUAGUGUUAUUAAACAUAUCAAAAUGAUUAGAAAAAUAUUUUCUUUUCAAAUCAUCAACUGAUUUAAAAACAGGAAGAUUUUUUUAUUUUCCAAGUGGUUUACAUAAUAAUUUCAAAAACAGGGAAAACAAAAAAAUGUAUUAUAUUAAAUUUGAUUUUUAUCGUAAUUCAGUUAAAAAUAUUCGUACACUUGAAAUUUGGACAGAGUUCUUAUACUCACAUUUUCUAGACGUGUUCAAAACAUUUUAGCCAUAUUUGAAUUAUUUAUAGACAUUUUAAUUUUGUGAGUUUUUACGUAAUUUUAUUCGGUAGAUACUCUGUAGACAAAAUUGUUAGACCAAAUAGAAAUGCUUGAAAAUUUAACUGAAAGUUCAUUAAAAAUUUUACUACUCGUACUUUGGCGGUCAAAAAAUAAAUUUGAGUGUAAUUUUUUGAUUAUAUAGGAGUUUUGAAUAAUUUUAAUAUCAAAUUAUGACAAAAAUCAUUAAUAUUUUAAAACAUUCAAAACAUGUAUAAGCAAACUUCAUUCCGUUAGCAAUGGUUUAUCGUUGCUUUCAGAUACAAAUUAUAUAACUUUAUUUUUCCUACCUUUCUAAUUUCUCACUUACAAUAUUGGCACAUCCAUCCCCAGUAUCAGUUCUUUUUUUUUUUUUCUAGAAUUUUUAAUAAUUCUAAAUUAAACUAAUUAAUGUUUUUGGAUAUUAAUGUUUACUUCAGACAUAAGUAUAUUGACUAUAAAUUUAAGAACAAAAAAAUCGAUUUUUAAACAUUUUUAGGUAAGGUCGUGUAGGAUGAUUGGGAUGCAAAUUUCUCUCACGUAUCCGAAUCAUCUCAACCACAGACGUAGGUAAAGAUUAUCUAUUAGAUGGAGGUCUAACUAUCAAUUAUUAAUUGCAAUAGUAAAGAAUAUUGGGAAUUGAACUCCUGUAGUCAUUUAUAAAUGGGAGGGCCUUUAUCUACGUCAUUGUAUAUAACAUACCUAAUAAUAAUAAUGAUAUAAAGAAAGUCAAUAUUCUGUAUUACUUUCACCUAUCGUAUUCAUGUCAUCAAGUUGAAAAGUAAAUAACCCGCAUUUUAUACAUAAUAUGUGAGUAUCUGUCCGCCCGUAUUUAUUAAAGUGCAAUUAUUAUCAAAUAUUUGCAUAUUAAUAGUAAUAAUAACGUAGGUAUUAUUUUAUAUACUGUGAAAAAAUAAAAUAAAUGGGUACGAAAUCGAAAUUAACAGAAACCGUUAUUGCGUAUUAACAUUUCAAAAAUGUGUAUUUUCACGAGAACGAUUGUUUAAAAAAGAUCAAAAUAAUAAGAAUUUAAUAAUAACAAAAAAUAGAUGAAAACUAUUGCCAUAUUAUGAUUUUUGGUAAAAAGUGUUUUUCUCAUGUACAUAAAAAUGUUCACUCUAAAAUCUAAAUAGCUUUCCUUUUGAAUGCGUAUUCGGUGUCAGACCUAAGGUUCUACCUUACUCCCACUAUUUCUUUUAUCACUAUAUUAAUACAACAGUUAAUAGAGUUUUAAAAGUACUAGGCUUUAUAAAGCGCAAUACUAGACAUUUUAGGUCCAUCGCUUGUUUACGUUCCCUCUUACCGCCACUUAGUUGCUACCUUAUUAUGUUUUUAUCUUAUCUUUGUUAAAUGGCCCAAUCGAUGUUUCUGAUUUAUAUCUUCCGUCAGUUUUCGUGUCGCUGUCUAUUCAACACGAGACCACUCAUUGUUCCACGUCACUUCUCACUGCACUCACCUACAACCGCAACCAAUCUAUUCACAAAAUGCUAUCCUCUAUCUCUGUUUCAUUCGCACUAUAACUUGUUAAUUAUACGUGAAAUGCUGUCUAUUUUUGUUGUUAAAUGUUUUUAUUUUCGUUAUUCUCAUUAUACAUAGGUACCUAUUGUUAUUAUUAUUACUAAUCUGUCAAAAUGUAAGUUCUCAAUCUUACUGUAUCAUGUAACUGCUGGACUGGCGUUAAUUAAUUAAACAAAUAAAUACAUAUUUGUUUAACCGGUAGGGUAGCCGUCGUCGUGAAAUAGGUAAUUGGUCUACUUUAAAUUUGUUUAUGAUAUUGUUUUCUCUCGCGCCGCGCACUCGUUUGCAAUAAUGUAUAUACAUAUUGUAAUGUAUAAUGUAUAUUAUCGAAUAAGUAUGGUUCGUGGAACUGAAUUUAAUAUAUUUGAAAUAGAAACAAUUGUACUGACGCCGUCGCCAGUAUCGAACGCACUGUUUUGUAUUUAUAUAGAUGAGCGGAAUUCGCGACCAAAGUAUAACAAUUCCAAACUAUAAUUGGAAACCAUGGAAAUGUCCUGUUUCGCCCUCUUCUAUUUCGUACGUACAUAGGUAGAUACACAAUAUAGACAAAAUAAUACACGUGUAUCCCCAAUAAUAAUUAGUAGAAAACUUCCAAAAAUUAAAAGCUCAAAAGUGGCUCCAAAGUUUUGUUAAUGAUAUAGUAAGAAAGUAAAUCAAAAAGUCAACAAAAAAUGGUCUUGUGAUUUUUCAAUUAAAUCAUUUUUUCUGGUAAAAAUGUCGUCCAUGUUUUUAUAAGAUAAACAAAUUGUGAAAUUGUUUUUAUUUAAAAAAUGGCGCCGAAAAUCAAAAAUAUUACCUGUUUAAAGUACAAUCUAAAAAACUUGAGCUUUUAGAAGAGUUGCAACACGUAAAAAUCAAAGCAAGUUUACUAGGAAAAACUGUGUCCACAGAAUAGAACAAGAACAAAGAAACAAACAGCAUUGUAAAACCAAUAGCUCCCUCGCUACUCUCGGAAUCUAAAAAAAUACUUUCAAAACUAAGAAGGUAGACACACGCGUGAGGUGAGCGCGGACUACGAAGAUUAUUAUCCCUGGUCAAAAAAAGUUUUUUUUAGUAUCCAGUAAAAUAACAUAAUAUACCAAUGGUAUUUACAAUUUAAGUUUACAUUUUAAGAGUCCCUGCUGUCAUUGUUAAUGUUUACAUGUUUAGAAUAUUAUUAUAAUUAUUUUUUUUUUUAUUAUUGUUAUUAUUUUUUUUUUAUUUUUUUCAUUAAUCCAUGAUAAUACCAUAUAAUUAAAUUAUUGAUACACUGUUUUUAAGUUUUAAUUUUAAUUUCAAUAAAAGUUAACUAUUGCUGAUGGUUAUAUGAAAUAAAAUAAUAAAAAUCUACAAUUAAAUAGACAAUAGUGUUUUAAAUUUUUUUAUAAUUGACACAGGAACAACAUGAAAGCACACUAGAAACACCAUUAGGUAUUGAUUUUCAAAAUAAUAAUUUAAAUAGAAAUCAAAAUUAGAUUUUUCAAACAGAUUUUAAGUACACAAAUAAAAAAAAAGAGCUGAUACUGGGGACGAGUGCGGCCACUGUUGUAAGUGGGUACACAAAAUUAUUUAAUUUAUCAUUGAUAACAGAAAUCGAUUUGGAGCAGAGUUCGGUUAUGUAUUUAAAAGCUAUAAUAUUUAUGAUUAACAAAAAAGGUCUCUUGUCGUUUAUGGUAAAAAACAUAAUCCGUAAACAUUUAAAAUAAUGAAAUUGUUAUUAUUAUACAACGAUUUUCGUCAAAAUAUGAUAUUAAAAUUAUAGUUUUAAAAUAAUAUACAUUUUGUUUUUAUCAAAAAGUUCGAAUUUUAAUGAACUUCCAGUUAAAUAUUCAAGCAUUUCUGUUGAGUCUAACAAUCUAUCUACCGAAUAAAUAUUACAUACAAAAAACGCAAAAUUAAAAUGUCUAUAAAUAUUUCAAAAAUUGCUAAAAUGUUUUGAAUUGUUUAUCACGUCUAGAAAAGGCAAAUAUAAAAAUUCUGUCCAAAUUUCAACCUAACCUAGCCUAACCUUACAAAUAUUUUGAACUAAAUUACAACAAAUAACAAAUUUGAAAAUAAUAAAAGCAUUAUUUUUGUAAAUUUCCCGUUUUUCUUACGUUUUAUCCUGGUUUUACCCAAAUUUUAUGAAAACCGCUUGGAAAAUUAAAAAAUGACCAGGGUAAAGUACCAUCUAAAUAAUUAUAUCUUUCAGAAACGGGGCCACAUGAAUACAUUAUAGCAAGAGUUCUGGUAGAUUUUUUGUACACAGCGUAAAAAACUAAAAAAAUAAACAGUAAUACCAAAACAUUUUUCGCUCUGCUGAGAAUCUAAAAUGUUAUUUUUUUUACUACUCUUAUAUUGUUUUAUAAUUUUUCAUAUCUAUAUAUUAUAAGUUUGAAAUAUUCAGAAUUUAAAACUCUCAAUUUUUGUUAUAGGUAUACUUAUCAUUUAAUUUGUAUGUAAAUGACAAUAAAUAAUAAUUGAGCAUACAAUAAAAAUAGCACAGUAAUUUAUACCUAUGUAAUGUGAUACGAUGUUAUCGUCAAAAAUAUCUUAUUAUGAUUGAAAAUGUUUAAUAAAAUAUUACAAUUAGUGUGGAAAUAUUGACUUUUUAAUUAAUUUUUUACAUAAAACAUUAUUAGAUUAAAUUAAAACAAAAAAGUAUUAAAUAGAAAUUAUUAUUUAAUUUAUUAGAUAUGUUUAAAACUAUAUAUAUAUAUUAUUGUUGAAAGGGCACAUUGUCCAUAAUAAUGUCUAUGGACUGCGUAUAAUAACAAGUGCUCGACUGCAGGUGGAUUGGAGACAACAGAGUUAAUUUCUUUUCUUUUUCUUUUUUAAAUUCAUUAAUUUAAAGCAUAGGUAUCUGUUGAUUUAAUUAAAUAGAGAACACGGGCAUUUAUCUUAAUAUAUUUUUAUUUUAAAAUCAUGUUUUUCUUUCUUUAAUACUUUGAAAAAAUGUUUUAUUAAUAUUAAUUAUAAUUUAUAAUCAAUAUAAUAUAAUAAUAUGAUUCAACACUAGUGAGAAAAAAUUCAGGUUCCAUAGAUUCCCACUCCUUUUUACCAAGAAAAAUAUUUGCAAUUUAAAAUUUUUUAUGAAAUAAUAAUUAUAAAAUUAGUUAAUAGAUAUAGUUAUUAAAUAAUACAUGCUGUCACUAUUACUAUAUUUACAGGUGAUUAAUCCUAAAUAAGACACUCAUUAUAUCUGUAGAACGAAAUAACUUUUUUCGUUUUUAGUAGUCUUGAUAAUUUAAGAAACAAACAGCUUUAAAAUAUUACAUGUCCGUUGUUUUUUUUGUCACACUUAGUUUUUGAGAUAAAACUACAACCCGCUUUUGAUUUCAAAAUAACAACUAAUAUUAAAAAUGACAUGAAUGGAUCAAGUUUUAGUUUAAACACAUUUUAGUUUUGACAUUUUUAAUAUCUGUUAAUCCGUUGGUGAGAUAUUCCACUCGGAAGUUUGGUAGAAAGAGGAUAGUGAAAGACUAUUUAAAUGACACUCCAUUAGUUUCAAGUUAUUAAAACUUGAAAGUGGAAUAUCUUGUCAACAGGUUGAAGGAAAUUGAAACCAUCAAUGAAUGUCAGCAACCAAAAUGUAUUUCAAUUAAAACUUCAUCUAUUUAAGUAAUUUAUAAUUAAGGUUGCUAUAUUGUUUAUUCAUUUAUUUUUUUUUUACUCUAUGUACAACUUUUCUAUCAGAUAUCUUGCCCCGAUUCACAAGUGUAGUACCUUUUCUGAAAAGAAAUAUUUUUUUGAUUUUCCAAGCGGUUUUCAUAACAAUUGAGAAAACCGGAAAAAAGGAUAGGAUAAACGGAAAAAUGUGCAUGCAUAAAUAUUGUAUAAAAAAUUUUUCGCUCAGAAUCGUUUUUCAUUAACAAUGGUUAAUCGUUGAGUACAGAUAUAAAUUAAAUUGCUCUCUAUAUCUUGCCUACCCUAACUUCUCACCUAUAACAGUGGCCUACACAUCGUGCGAAAUAUGUCCGUUUCUUUGGUCUAUUACCAAGAAUAGGAAGAUGAGAAAUCUUCGACAAAAGUCUACCAUCAGCUCCAUACUUAGCUUUCAUAAUACUAUUGUUCUUCGAGGUGUGAUUUGAAAAAGACCAAUAGCGUUACUUAUAAUAAGUAAAUUCAAAAUUUAAAACUUACAUUAGUAGUAGUUAAUAGUUAUAGCUAUAAUGUAGUACAUGCAACCUUGUGUAUUAAUUAUAAAUUACAAAUAAUAAUCAAUAUUACUUUUAAUUUACUAUCGAAAACUUCUUUUUUACGAAUGACAGUUCAUAAAAAAUAAACCUCUGUGAACUCUUAACUUAUAUUUUUUUACGGAUUAGAGAAGGAUUAAUAUUAAUUUGGUUUUUUUAUUCUACUUGAGUAGAUACCUUUAUUUGUGUAUUCAAGUAAUAAUAACAAUAUUGCAUUAUGAAUCGCGGCUUGAAUUUUUAAACUAUGAACAAUUUCAGUUUGUAAUUCAUGAUUGGUAGGUAUGCAUUUUCAUUGAUCAAAAUAAAUAAGUACACUUCAAUCAGUUAAAAGUUUCCUACAGAAUAAGAAACUAAAAGUAUGUUUGAUAUUACAAUUAUAUAGUGAAUUUAAUGGUAAUAUUAUAUUAUAUAAUUGUCUACGCAUACACUUUGUAGAUUAUAAUAUGUUGUAUAAAUAACUGUAAUAAUAUGACACGUUAAUUUAAUAUUUUUGUGACAAGAAAAAUACAUUUUAAAAGAAAUAGGUUUAAACUAAGUAUUUACAUUUUAGAUACUGAUCAGAACGAGAUAUAUAUAUAUAUAUUUUUAUAAGAUAUUUUUCAUCACUAAAAAUGCUCCAAAAGUUUCAUUUUGUUUUAUAGAUUAUAAUAAAUUGAAUUCAGAUAAUAUAGUCGUAUAGGUAUAUAGAAUGAUUCAACAUUUAUGUUACAGCCAUUUUAUCAUGUAAGUAUUCAAAAUAAAAAAUGUAUGAUACAGAAGUUUUCGAUUUAUAAACAUCAAAAAAAUUUGUAACUUUGUUUUGCUAUAUUUUUUUUUUUUUUGGGGGGGGGGGGGUGAUCGAUUUUUGAAAUUCAAAUGGAAACCUAUUUUUAAAAUUCCAUGAACAGAUGGAGUAAUUUAGUUAAAAUACAUUUUAGUAUUGGAAAUGUUUGAUUUCCGUUAACCCAUUGACGAGAUAUUCCCUUUUUAGUUUUGGUAGGGGGAGAGUAGUGAAACAUUAUACGCUUGCCGCUAUAACCGAAAAACUGAUAGAGGGGUGGUGGUAGACACGUUUUUCCAGCCUCUCGAUUUUAUAAUGAGAAAUUUUUUGAUGUUUCGGUGCUAAAUUUUGUUCAUAUUAUUAUGUAGCAAAUUAAAGCUUUUGUUUUAAUUUAAAUAAUAAAACUUGAAUGGUAUAUUACAAUAUAAACUCGCGAUCAGUCUGUGUGGUAUCUUUUACUGUAGAAAUCUUUCUUGUGUAGUAAAGCCCAUACAUACAUGAAAUGUUUUACUUAUAACUAUACUAGUUGUAUCCUGUUUCCAUUAUCAUAUCACAAUCACUAACACAUAUUCUAGGGUUAUUGUUUUAUGAUUGAGAGAACCAAAAAGGUAAGUCAUUUGAAAUAAUUAAGAUACUUAGUAGAAUUAAGUAGUCUACGAUUUUAAAUGUGAUUUAAAAUACAAGUGUAUUCGAAUUAUAAUUAAAAUUUUAUGUAAGGUGAAGAUGCGGUAUCUAACCAAAAAAGUGCGGGGGUAACAAAGUUGGUUCGGCUAAAAUUAGGCGAUAUUCUGCAAGUCAAAAAUGUGGAAACAGUUAAUUAUGAACUUCGGGGUACUAUUAAUUUAAAAACGGACAAGAUACGUUUACGAAACAAAGUAGGAUUUCGGACAUUAUAUGAUAUACACAAAACGAGGUAAUCGACGAUGGAAAUUACAUGAUGAUGUAAAAAUAAAAGUAAUUCCUGUAAAAGACACCACGUAGGUUGAUUGCGAGUUUAUAUUAUAUUUAUAUAUCAUUUAGUUAAAUUUGUAAAUACCUAAAUAAAAACAUUAUUAUUAGGUUUUUUUUCUAUUUACAGUUAAAUACCAUUCAAGUUUUAUUAUUUAAAUUAAAACAUCCGACAAUAUACUUUCUGACGAAUUCUUUUUCCGACAAAAUACGCUUCUGACAGAGUACGUUUCCAACAAAACACAGUUCCUAUAAAAUACGGUUACGACAAAAUAUUUUCCAAUAUUUUACGCGCCUCCUAUUUAGCCAUGAUAAUGACGUUUAUUUUUGGUUAAAAAUAAGAUAAAAUAUAUCAACAUAUUUUCAUAUUUUAUCACCACUCAAAUAUCGUAAUCAUUAUCAGCUAGUAAUAUUAUCCCAUUUAUUUGUAUUAUGACGUUAUAGAUGCCCAACAUAGACUUUAGUAUCUGAUAAUAAUAUUAUGUAUGAAUUUAUACUUUGAUUUCGGUUGUCAAAAAAAUAUUACUGUUCGCGUCUGUUAUAGACACUAGAUAGAUAAAAAUAAGCGGAAUAAAUUGUUGACGAGACCUUAGAAUGUUGUGUGUUCAGAUAGGUGUCCGUUAAAGACAGGUUUGUCUAUAAUCAUUGAUUCGAAUGGUACUCGUUAAAUAAUAUAAAACAAAAUAUUAGAUAUUUUGGUUUAUUAAUUUUUUUUAACACGUAAAUAUUUUCAUUAAUGACAAAAAAACAUUAUUCCGGAAAAUCAAUAAAGCCCCUUAGAUUUAGGACACUAAUGCAAUCGAAUUUCCUGCAUUCCCCUACUUACACCACUGUCAGAACGCAAAACAUUUAUUUUACGCAUUGUGCAAACGUAAUAACCAAUAAUUGUAUAUUAUACGAGCACAUUUAUACCGACUGGGAUACGGCAAUAUUAUAACAUAUUGUUGUCAUCAGUGUUUUGAACGAUAUUUUAAUAACGUGUUUUACUAGAGCCUUUAAAUACCGUUCUCAUCUAUCGAUCAGUGGUACAGAUUCGAUUUUUAUAGCGGAAAUCUUGGAAAGACUAGAGGUGAAAAUUCGUUACAUAUCAUGUACGCUAUUAAAUAUGAGUUAUAAGUCAAUAUUAUAAUACAUGCUAUAUACAGUAAAUUAUUGCGUGUUUUUUCCCCCUUAUUUUUAUAGACCUGGGAACGGGGAAAAUUUCUAACGCCAUCACGUAUACAUGUGCGAAAUAUCGUGGCCAUUGCUACUAUAAUAACGUCGAUAAUUUUCAACCUAACCUAUAAUAAAUUUAAAUUUCAUUCAGUUUACUAUGCGCAGAAUACUUUUAUGGUCGUCGUAUUAUCGUUUAUAGUUUAAACGAGAAAUCCAACGUUAAAAUAUGAAAAAUAUUUGAUCCUAUUGUGGUCGAUGUGAUUAACGUGAUUUACUUGCUUGAGUUUACAGAAAAUUGCAUAAAAAUAUACUCCUAAGGAAUAUCGAAAUUACAUGAAAACGCGGCAGCUUGCCGGUCGUUCAAAUAUUGCGAGACUAAAAUUUUAAUAAUAAUAUCGAAAUAGUUAAGUUAGAAAUUUGCUUAAUCCAUGAGAGAAUUCGUUUCAUUUUUCUUCUGAUUGAGUGUUUAAAAAAAUAUAUUAAAUUUUAAAACAAAUCUAUAAAUUUAAAAAAAAAAAAAAAAAAAAGAUUUACUUAAGAUAAUAUUUUUCUCACUCGAGCUAGGAACAAGAUUCAACGUUAAAAGUCCUUAUGGUAUUUGUACAUUUUUAAACAUUAAAAUAAUAUUUCCAAAUAUAUUAAACGCAUCACGUACAAGUUUAAACUGCAUUUUGUGGAAUAUGCAAUGGAAAAUACAUCUAAAAUAUUCCUCGAAACAAAAUAUCUAAACGCCUCCAAUUUCCGUUGGAAGAAUAUUACUUAUUGUGGGUUGUUUAUUAUAUACAUUAUAAUAAUUCAAGUCAGACUUACCCGUUUGUAUCGUGUAAAAAGAAACAAGAAAAUCUAAAGAAAGUUUUUUUUUAAAUUUAUUCUAUUUAAGUACUAAUUUUGUACUUCGUUAAUGUCAUCGUAUUUAUUUUCUCUAAAUAUUUUAUUUGUAAAUGAUUUUAUUCGUACCUACGGAGAUGAGUUUAAAUAUAAUUUACAUUUUUUCAAUGAAAUACCUAAAGAUACCAUACCUUAUACAUUCAAAUAUGUACAGUAUAUCGUCACCAAAGAGUCUUAACUUUAAAGGCUACACUUUUACCCAAUAUACUUUCGAACGAAUGACAAUAUGAUAAAUAGUACCUAUAAAUUAAACUUUAAGACAAGUAACAUUAUUUUAAAAUACGUUGAAAUAUUGUUUGGGGAACUCCAAUCUCUUAAUAUAAUAUUAAUAUAUAAAAACGUGGUCUAUGCCUCCCACACUUAAGGAAGUUUUUUUACUUCAAAUUAUCUUUCUUGCGUAAUAAGUUUUAAUUUGAUACCUAUCACGACCAUUGAAAAAAAAAAAACAAGAAAUACGGUAUCAUAAUAUUAUAUUAAAUAUUAAUAAUGCCGUACACGUCACGUUUUUGAAUUUUUUUUAUAAUUUAACCCAUAAUAAUUGGCAGAUCUUAACGAACUCAUAGACACUCACAUCUUAAAAUUGGUGCAUUAGUUUAAGAUUUGCGAGGAAAUAUACACAGUACACAAAUACAUACUUAAUAUACCUACAAACAGCUAAAAUCAUAACUUUCCGUAGUCGGGUAACAUUUAUUUAAUAGGUACUUAACAAAUUUAACAUUUUAACAGCAAAGAGUAAAUGAUUGCAGAUAAGAAAAUAAUAUUAUGGUUUCAAACAAAACAAAAAACAGCUGUACGAAAUCUAUUCACAGAUAAGCGACACGAACAAGAUGGAUACCUAUAUAAUAUGUAUAAUGUAUAUUAUAUACCACUCAUUACUCUGUAAAUAUUUUUUGAAUUCUGUUUUGGGGACAUUAAACCAGACAAAUGGAUUUUAAACUCCUUCGGUUUAAAAAUGUUUAACUAUUGUAUUUUGCACAUGCGCAACUUUUUUUUAAAUGGCAACAUCUAUUUUUAAAUUUAAUUUUGGAUUUAUCCGAUUUUUUUUUUAACUGAACUAAUUAUAGUAUUAUACUUUAUUAAUUACUUUAACAGAUAACUAAUAGUUUUGAUUAUAUCAUGUUGUUUAGAAGGAAAAAUACAUUUAGUUAAAAAAAAUCAAAUGUAAUAAUUUUUUUUUUUAAUUACACUUAACUCCAGUUUAGCCAAUUUUGAAUUUUGAGUUGAUACACUUGAAAAAAAUCAAUAAAUACAAAAUUGAUAUUUAAAUUGAAAAAUAUUUACAAGUUAAUGAGUGGUGAAGUAAACCCUGUUUCCGCGGUAUAUACCCACUUUGGACAUAGAUAUCUAUAUUAUCCAUAACAUGGAUAACUGCGGCAGUAGCUAGGAACAAGUAAUAUGAUUUUCCCUGCACCCAUAUCUUUCUAUAGUGUACAACGACGGCCAUAAUAAAAUUCCAACGAAUUAAUAUUUUGGUCAUUUUAUUAUUGUAUCGCCAUCUAUCGAGAAUUUUCUUAAGCAUCAAUGAAAAACACGAGCCCGUAAAUGCCACAAAUCCGGUGAGUUUUUUACUAAUGCGGGUGCUGUUUUAAGAAAUUGUUCGAUAUUGAUGUACACAUCACAUACGAUUUACACAUAUUUACUCCCGAUUACAACUUUAAACACAACUAUUAUCGAAAAAAAAUGAUUUAUCAUAUCUUUUUUCCAUUUAUUAUAUUGCGUAUUUGCGUUUAAUUUCUAAAAAUGAUGUAGGUACUCCUGGCAGGAAUUUGUAUAGAAAUUUGGGGAACUAAGUUCUCCCAAGGCCUACCCCACCUAUUCGCGCCUAUGUUUACAGCAUAUUUAGACUUAACUAUACCUAGUAACAACUACAUUUGAGUUAUGUAGAAGUACACAAUUAAUAACAUAUAACGAUAUAAGUACAAUAUUAUUACAUUUUUAUUCAACUAUGGCUGUACGUCUACUUGCCGAAGUAUCGGUAAAAUAAGUCUUGUAUGGAAUUUUUUUCAGAAUAUUUUGGACUACAAUGUUAACAAUCUGUGGGUUGUCUGCGUGUUUUAUUGGCAACGAGUUAUGGCUCAGAUACAAUUCCAAACCUACAAAUUUAGCGGUCAAAGACACCCAUGUACCAUUGUACGAGUUUCCGUUCCCCUCGAUUACCCUUUGUCCGGCAAUUAAAGUAAAAAAGUCAACGGCUUUGGAAUAUUUUUCAAGGUACCUACCUAACCUAAAAUAUACGAAUUAAUGAUUUAUUUAGCUAUUUUUUAACAUCUAUAAGCUACCUAAUUGUAUUAAUAUUUACAAUAUAUGUCAUAUAGAUACAUUAGUAUAGAGAAUGAUUCGUUACGCACCGAUUUAGAGCAUAUAAUGAGUAUUCUAUCGACGAUGCAACAUCCGACUUAUUUUCGGAUGGAAAAUCAUAUACAAAAGGUCAAACCCUUGUUGCCCUUAUUCAAAGAUGUAAACUUAACCGAUUUCAUGUUGACUACGCUCCCGACGUGCAAAGAAAUAUUCGGCCGAUGCAAGUGGCAUGGACAGACCAUAUCGUGCUGCGAAGCGUUUUCACUUCAAAGGACCGAGGAAGGAUUUUGCUAUUCGUUCAACUCUCUUACUUCCGAAGCUGGAAAACAUUGGUGAGAUGAUGGUGAUUAAUAAGACAAUAUUAAUCUCUAUAAAAUAUAAUUAAAGACAAUAACGUAGGUAUUAUACCUACGGUAUAGAUUAUAUUAAAUAAACAAACAAGGUAUAAACGUUUACAGUCCUCUCUCCGAAGUGUUGGAAAACGAAGGGAUCGUGGAGGAAGACGACUAUAUGUAUCCGGGGUGUCAAUUGAGGAGAAACACCGCUGUGGGUACCGUCACGGGUUUAGAAGUAUUUCUCUACGAGACCAAUAUGUCCGAAUCGUUACAAAUGGGACAGCGCGACAUAGACGGUGCCAGGGUACGUAUCCAAAAACAAAACUAGGUAUACUUUCUUCUUCUUCGCCUUCAUCCCAGCUAUUUAGAGGUCAUCCAUUCUUGUCCCAAACUUCCACUUGACCCGAUCUCCCACCUCGCAUACACUGGUAGUCCUUGAGUGCCCUCAUAUUAUUCUCAAUCGUAUCCGACCAUCUUUUUCUGUUUCCUACUACCUAUCUUUCUUCCCAAGUUUAAUUUCAAAAACGAAACUAUAUCUACUAAACCCAGCAAAUUUAGUAUCUAAAUUUAUACACCUAGGUCAUGGUGCAUACUUCGUACCAGUUUCCGAACGCGGGUGACGGUAUAUGGUUGAGAUCGAAACAAGGCCGAAGACUGAACAUUAUGAUUACACCAGUUAUAACCGUGACCAGCAACCGAGUAAAAGACCUAAGCGUCGAGACGCGCGGCUGCGUGUUUCCGGACGAGAGAGAGCUGUACAUUUAUCACGUGUACACGCAGAGUUCAUGUCUGAUCCAAUGCCGAAUGGAGUUCAUUUUGGACUCGUGCGGAUGUCACAUGUAUUUCUUUUUGACGCCCAGUAAGCGAAAUAUAUUUUUCAUUUCUUUUAACUUUUACUAUUACACGUAAUGGGUAUUUUUUUCCCGCUAGGCGACGGGAAACCGAUUUGCGGUAUUCCAGAUCUGCCUUGCAUAAGUCGCAAUUCCCGUGAGUGAAAUAAAUACCUAUAUUAUCUUUUAAAUUAUAAAAACGGCGUAGAAAGAAAAAAUUAUGUACCCGUGUAUCUAUAAUAACAUUAUCACGGGUUGUAUGUUUCGCAGGUCACAUGAGAAUGUUAACGCCACCAAAAGGCACACCGGGUUUCGAGGUUCGACUUUUGCGUGAUUCUCUUAAUUGUUCGCAGUGCAUACCAACAUGUUACGAGACAACGCACGAAAUCGAAAUGGAAGCAUCGCCCGAUCAGAGAACAUCCGUUUGGAAGUUUUACAGUUAUUUGGACGUGGCUUACGGUAACUUGGGCGCUAAAAAAUAUCAAAGGGAUAUAACUUUUGCAUGGACGGACCUUUUGGGUAAAACGCGUAUUACUUAAACAUAAUAAUAUAUAUGUAUCGAUUGUACCUAUCCAACAGAUGUUUGAUUAUACAUACCAUUGUAUUAAUUAUUAUAUUGCAGUGGCACUGGGCGGCGUUGCAAACUUGUUUUUGGGGUUCAGCAUAUUGAGCGUGGCCGAAUUUAUUUAUUGGGCGGUGAAAAUAUUCGUCAGCACGUUCAUUAGAAUGUUCAAAUAAUGUUAUAACUAUUUUGUAAUACGAAUAUGUCAUCAUUAUAAAAAAAUGGAAUAAAAGCCUUUUUGUAGGGCAUAUAAUAUCGUAGAACACCUGUAUAUUUAUUUACGGAACGCCUGUCCUCAAUUAUUAUUAUAUAAAUUUAAUAGAUAUCCAUAAACGAAACUUGCACUGCACAACGCCUCAGUUGUGCAUUUCGACCACUGCAGC